AUGCACAAGAUCGCGUCGUCGGGGAGAUCUUCCCUGUGGAAAGUGCAGACCGUGGGUGGCAAGGAAGUAGUAACAAGGGGUGGCAGUGUCGGGGGUCUGGGGGAACAUGGGCUUGAGUGGGGGGUGCCUCAGAAAGAACAAGACGGCGGGUGUUUCUCUCUUGGUGUGACCGGUGGCAGUAUCGAUCAGCAAUGCCGCACAGACUUUUGCGCGCCCGAAUAUGCUUGCGACAGCUUUAACCUAACCACUUCGGUGGAAAGCGGAUUUCUGUUCGAUACGGUGUCACGGAUACCAGGGAAGACGGGGCCGAGCUUUGUUUGAUUUCGGGUGGAUGAGGUUGGGGUUUUGUUCGUUUUUCUCCAUCUAAGGUUCGUGUCUAGAGUUCAGCUGUAGUGUUUCAACCAAAGUUUUGUUUGAGUUAGAGGCAAACAUUCCUAGCUAUUGGGCAUCGAGUUAAUUUGGCUUGGCAUGACGGCCUUUACGAUCGGCUUUUUAUGUAUGUCUGCGUUUAUCUGCAAUUGUCGGAGGGCAAACAAAAUAAUAA